CGGACUCUCACUCUCUCUCUAUGAUGAACAAUCCGGAAUUUGGUCUUUUCCCUUAAACUCUGUUCGAUCUCCACCGCAAUCCUUUUUCUCUUUCCCUCCGUUCUCGACCUAACUCAACAAAUUGAGCACUUGGUGGCCACUGUGUUGAUCUAGAUCCAGGGCUUAUGGGCUUAUUCUUUUUGGGUAUUUCAAUUUGGCUCUUUCCAGUCGUUCCUCUUUCCUCUCUCGUGCGAGGUCAUUCAACUAAGAUGCUUUCAAUUCCAUGGCGAGGUCAUUCGUGCAAGUUUCUUUCUGUCCGAGCGCAAUUUCGAUUCAACUCGGAUGCUUUCUCUUCUCUGCUGACGGAGAGUUCGCGUCUUGGGUGGGUUUGCUUUGAAGAGAAAAAUUGCAGGACAGUGAUUGGAAGAAGAAUUCAAUGUUCAGCACAAGCACCACCUCCAGCUUGGCUAGGAAGUGCUUUUCCGGAGCCGGGCCAGAGGACUUGAGAUGGUCCAAAAGCCUAGUUUUGUUGUUGGAUCUACUGGUUCCAUUGGAACCCAGACAUUGGACAUUGUUGCAAAGAACCCGAAAAAAUUCAGAGUUGUGGCCCUAGUAGCUGGCUCAAAUGUGACUCUUCUUGUUGAUCAGGUGAAAAGGUUCAAACCGAAAUUAGUUGCAGUUAGAAAUGAAUCAUUAGUUAAUGAACUUAAAGAGGCUCUAUCUGGUCUAGAGAAGACAAGCCUAAGAUCACUCCUAGGGAGCAAGGAGUCAUUGAGGAAUGAUAGUAGAGGGAUGGAUGUUCCUUCAUCACUAGCUGUGACUGCAGAUAAAACUGAUGGUACAGUUGCUCUGGUGAAAUCAGGUCCUGAGAAAGCUAAAACUACCCCUGCAGGAGAAUAUCUUACUUCUGCCUUGAAUGAUUUUGACCUUGAACAACAUGACAGUCUUGCUGCCAUUUCAGAUGGUGCAAACAAACUUUUGAUGCUGGUUCUGGCUGCAGUAAUUAAAGCUGGGGCUUCUAGGGAGCAUGAAAUACUUGCUGAAAUAAGAGAUGCUGUUUUCUCUUUUAUUCGUAAAAUGGAACCGCAUAGGGUAAUGGACACCAUGCUUGUAUCCCGUGUUAGAAUUUUGUAUAUUACAUCUUUGCUUGCUAGAUCACCAGAGCUGCAGUCCAUCAAGGUUUCUCCCAUUGAGAAUUUUCUAGAGAAGGUAAUACUGGACGUAGUAGAAGCUCCAGUCAAGGUAGCAGCCCUGGAAGAAGUCCUGUGAGCAUAUGUGGAGAAAACACGAGUUUGUUUCUGAUGUAGUGCUAAAUGAGGGAAGUGUUUAAUGAUAAGGUUUAUACAUAUAUAUUUGCAUAUAUAUUGUAAUUAAACUUGGAGUAGAAACAAGAAUUUGAAAUCAUGUGUAUACAUUAGUGGCAUUCAGAAUAUUGGUCUUUAAUAUGUUUAAGGUUACUUAUCAACUGUUGCCAUUCUGUACUAAUAUGUAGGCUUUAUGCUCAACUUGGAGGGAUGAUGGGGCGACUGUCUUCUCUUGAGGCUGUGACAAGGAGAUAAGAUGUGGUUCUUGGCUACAAACUAACAAUGAUUGUUGCUCUGCAUGAAGCCCCCAUUAAAGACAUGGACGGGAUCCCCCAUUCAAGAAAUUAUUGUGGUCCUGUUGUUUGCAGUAUUUUCCUACUGCUGCUUGUUAUGUGGACUCCUAUUUUAAUUUUUUUGCUUUAUGUACUUGAAAAAGGAAAACAAAAGACAUAUACUUUGUUUAGUUAGUUUCUGUGGUAACUAAAUACUCAUUUCUUUAUGCAGUCGUUUCUGUGGUAAACAUUGCAGUUAUUCUCCAAAUUAGC